CUUCAGCAUGCUUUUAUAUUUUUAAUUUUUAUUUUUUUUUAAUGUAAGGGAAAAAAAAACAGGAAUUUGAGUCUAAAAAGAACAAGGAGUAGUUGAGAACUUGAAAGCGUAGCGAGUGGGGUCAUUGAGCGAGAAGCCCGGUGGCCAGCACCUCCGAGAUAAACCCCGGGACGGUGUCGCGGCGACGCUCGAAAACGAAGAACUCGAAACGAAAACACAGAAAAUACCCAAAACACUUUUCUGACAACAGAUAACUGGAGGACUGUGCGAGAGAAUCAGGUCGCAUUAUUGAUAUUGCCGAUUCCUUUACGGCUUUGGUUGGAUCUGUUUCUCUGUUUCCCGAAUCAUAAAACAUUUCGCAACAUCGAUCCGUUUUCUGCACAUAAACCUUGAUAGUUUUCCUGAAACUCUAAAACAUGUUCCGAUUCGAGCAAGAGAAGAUCCGAAAACGUUUGUGAGUUUCAGUUUCCAAAAGCUUCGUCUAGGGUUUGCUAUGGCCGACGCUUCCUCUGCGAUCUCCACCUCGGUUCUUCGCAACCUGUCCGACAAGCUCUACGAGAAGCGCAAGAAUGCUGCUCUCGAGGUUGAAGGAAUAGUGAAGCAGCUAGCGGCAGCAGGGGAUCAUGAUAAAAUAACAGCAGUGAUCAAUCUGCUGACAACUGAAUUCACGUACUCACCGCAAGCGAAUCAUCGCAAGGGAGGGUUGAUAGGACUAGCAGCUGCAACGGUUGGUUUGACUUCGGAGGCUGCUCAGCAUCUUGAGCAAAUUGUACCUCCUGUGCUUAAUUCUUUUGCUGAUCAAGAUAGCAGAGUUCGUUAUUAUGCUUGUGAAGCUCUCUAUAACAUUGCGAAGGUUGUAAGAGGAGAUUUUAUUGUGUUCUUUAAUCAGAUUUUUGAUGCCUUGUGCAAGCUAUCAGCUGAUUCAGAUGCCAAUGUGCAAAGCGCUGCUCAUCUUUUAGAUCGGCUUGUAAAGGACAUUGUUACUGAAAGUGAUUUGUUCAGCAUUGAAGAAUUUAUCCCAUUGUUAAGAGAGCGUAUGAAUGUCUUAAAUCCAUAUGUUCGUCAAUUUUUGGUAGGAUGGAUUACUGUGUUGGAUAGUGUCCCAGAUAUUGAUAUGCUGGGUUUCCUUCCUGAUUUUCUUGAUGGUUUGUUUAAUAUGUUAAGUGAUUCAAGCCAUGAAAUACGACAACAAGCUGAUUCAGCACUUUCAGAAUUUCUCCAAGAAAUAAAGAACUCCCCAUCUGUAGAUUAUGGUCGCAUGGCUGAAAUACUGGUCCAGAGAGCAGCUUCUCCAGAUGAAUUCACUCGGCUGACAGCAAUCACAUGGAUAAAUGAGUUUGUAAAACUUGGUGGGGACCAACUUGUUCCUUAUUAUGCUGAUAUCUUGGGUGCCAUUUUGCCCUGUAUAUCUGAUAAGGAGGAGAAAAUAAGAGUGGUUGCUCGUGAAACUAAUGAAGAGCUUCGUACAAUUCAAGCUGAUCCAGCUGAAGGGUUUGAUGUAGGAGCAAUCCUCUCAAUUGCAAGGAGGCAGUUGUCUAGUUCAUGGGAAGCUACUCGAAUUGAAGCAUUACAUUGGAUAUCUACCCUUCUGAGUAGACAUCGCAGUGAGGUCUUAUCUUUUCUGAAUGACAUAUUUGACACCCUUCUGAAAGCACUAUCGGAUCCAUCUGACGAGGUAGUGCUUCUGGUGCUUGAGGUGCAUGCAUGCAUAGCGGAAGAUCCACCACACUUCCGACAGCUUGUCAUUUUCCUUGUGCAUAAUUUCCGGGUUGAUAAUUCUCUUCUUGAGAAGCGUGGUGCUUUGAUAAUCCGGCGACUUUGUGUACUUUUAGACGCUGAAAGGGUUUACCGAGAACUCUCCAUGAUACUUGAGAAAGAAGAUGAUCUCGACUUUGCGUCAAUUAUGGUUCAGGCUUUGAAUUUGAUUUUACUCACUUCCUCUGAAUUAUUGGAGCUUCGAGUUCUUCUAAAACAGUCACUGGUGAAUCCUGCCGGGAAAGAUUUAUUUGUUUCUUUAUAUGCUUCUUGGUGCCAUUCUCCAAUGGCAAUAAUAAGUCUUUGCCUACUGGCACAGACGUACCAGCAUGCAAGUUCUGUGAUUCAGUCUCUGGUGGAGGAAGAUAUCAAUGUAAAAUUUUUGGUCCAGUUGGACAAACUGAUUCGCUUGCUGGAGACUCCAAUCUUUGCUUAUCUUAGAUUGCAGCUUCUUGAACCUGGGAGAUAUAUUUGGCUGCUAAAAGCCUUGUAUGGACUUCUUAUGUUGCUUCCCCAGGUGUGUUUUCAUUCCAAAGUUUCACAGUUCCAACCACCAUUGUUAUUUUGUAGUCCCUUGCUCUACUCUCUUCUUUCAUUUGAUGCUUUGUAUGCUGGAAUGCAGCAAAGUGCUGCCUUCAAAAUACUACGGACUCGUUUGAAAACUGUACCAUCAAACUCCUUCAAUGGUGAGCAAGUCAAGCGAACAUCUUCAGGGAGCCCUUAUUCGCAAGUUAUGCAUCUCGUGCCUAGUGGAUCACAAAAUAUUGAGGAUGGUGUCAUGAACAAAGACUCAGGGAGCGAGCAUUAUGGAAUGAACUUUGCUGCAAGGCUGCAACAAUUUGAGCAUAUGCAGCAGCAACAUCGUAUGCAUUGGAAAAGUCUGGCACAAUCACGCAAAAGUUCAUCUUCGAUAUCAAAGGAGGUGCAAAGACCAGAAGAACCCCGGCAACCUCUGUCUAUAGCAGACGGGAACAAAGCUUCAUCAAGAUCAUCACGAAGAGGUCCGGGGCAGUUACAGCUUUAAGUAUAUGGCCCCUUGGCUCUUGUCGAGGUGACUUACACACCAAUCUAUGCCUCUGUGAGCCAUGGAUGAGGUCUGGGGUAUAAUAUGUAAAAUUGUAAAUCAUUGUAGUUUGUAUGUUAAACUUGUGGGAGAGGUGGGAAGUGGGGGAAGGGGAUUUCAAAUCAAGAUAAGCCUGGGUUUUCCUGAGCUAUUCUUUUCUCCUUAAAGAGGACGGGAUGGGUCCCAUGUGGUUCUGUUAUUUUUUCUUGAAAACCAUAUGGGCUGGGGGUAGAGAUUUGAUUUAGAAGCUGCAGGGUUUUCAUUAAUUUUUUUUUUUGUCUUCAGUAUUUUUUUUUGUUGAUCUGUGAUAAUAUUAUAUAAUAAGAAAAUCAGUUGAUUUA